CCGUAACCAGUUCAGAUGUUGUUUGAUUAAGAAGGUCGUGAGACAGGGGCGACGCACCCCAGGUUCGGGUGCUUUUAUGAAGGGCUUCUGGACCUGGAAACAUUUAAUGACCGGUUACGACAGUAAUAAGCGGCCUUCUUGCGUUCCGCACUAAUUUGGCAAAGGAGGUCUCCGACUCGAAGUCUCCGUUCCGUUUCUUCGGCCUCGCGCAUCUCGACCUCGAAACGAAACAUGCGCAUCGGCCGCCACAAUAACUACACGGAACGCUCGCAGAUCACAGGGUCCCGACAGUCUCGCCUCCUCGUCGUCGCUGGCAAGAAGGGAGCCCACGCCAGCUAGUGUCCGCGUCCUGUGUUGCCUGUCCUCCGUAAGACGCCAAAAGCAAAAUCGGUCGCAAAACGGCCGGUCUUCAGUGACGAACCGGCGGCGGGCAGAUGGGGGACUGGUGCCACAGCGCGUGAUUGAUUAUCUUGCAGUAGAAGCAUCGUUCAUGGAGACCGUCGUCCAGGACCAUACGCCACUUGCAGAUUAUCUGAAGGACGAAGGCGAAGAACAGCAGGCCUGGGCUACACCACCAGUCUCGGAUGAUCACGAUGAAUCACCGCCGUCGAGCCCGUCAUUCGCCCCGGUGGGACGUCCACUGGUCAGGAAGCGGUUUCGAACCAAGUUACCAGACCCGCUGUCGCUAGACGUCCCGCGGAUUGACCGACUAACGUCGCUGCGUAUCUCUUACUCGAAAGCCGUUGUCUCGAGGAUAGAUCGCGCCGACAACCUCAAGUUCAUCGAGCAGUUCCGCUACACGAUCGUCGCAUCGCAGCUGCUGAGCGGGCAUUCUAUAGCGGGACAGCCGAUUUCCCUCAACCGACCCAAAGAGACUCCGGAGACGCCUCCGAAUGUGGUGCUUCCGACGUCGACGGGGCUGAUAGCGACAGCAGCCGCCGCGCUUGUUGUCGCAUGGAUGCUCAGAUGGGUAUGCUCGGGGGGUUAUGCGCACCUGACCAAGAAGCGCGUGGUAUUCCUGGCAGUGGUCCUGAUUGCAGUUGCCGGGGUGUCACAGGCUUAUAUCCGGCAGCAUUGGCUUCGGCAUCUAAGAUACCAGGCGUUGAUGGAGAUGGCGUCGUUCGUUUCAAGGUCACAGGAUUUUGACAGUGCUGCUAGUGCCGCGUUGUCGCUUGUCCAGGAGGUUGAGCUCGUCUCCCGGGGAUACAGGAUAAGCGCACCCCUACCCCCUAUCAGCCGCAUAGAGGACAGAUCCCAGACACGCCGUUGCAGCAGGCUGCGUAAGGCGCUGAAAGGACGGCUCUCCGACAUGAUCGAGAAUUACAUGCAGAUUUCUACGGCGAUCAAGGGUUUCGCUGAGCAAGUAGACCUAGAGAAGUACCACGACAUCUACGACAUCAGCGACUUUGACAUUUCGGAUGCGAUGCAAGGGUUCUCAGAGAAGGAGUUCGACGACGCCGAAUCCCUGCGAUCCCUUAAAAUCGCGGCCGCUCGCUUCCACAUCAUUCGCAAAAUCCUGCUGUGCUCGCUCCUUGCUUUUGAGGCUACCGGCGAUAACAGCGACUUUCUGCGCUGGUCGACAGCUGUGGAGGGACUGAAGAAGCUCAACGAAGUCACAGCCCAGAGCUUCGAAAGAAUCCGCCACAUCCUGAGCGAAGAAGAGACCUUCCCUACAAUUCCGGAGUCAAAAUACCCGCUGUCUCCCAAUCGAGAGAAGCGGCGGUCCCAGUUCAUGAAGCUCAACUCACUGUCGAUGGGCAUCCGAGGUCUUCAAGCAAAGCUUGCGCUGUUACGAGAGGAGUCAGAAAGGACACUUAAUGAGGCGGAAGAUGUGUCAGAGCUGGGAUCCGACCUGAUGGCCCAGUAUGAGUCUAUUGGACAGGACCUGAAGAGUUUGACGCAAGCAUGGGAGGAAGGCAAAGCUGCCCUGGCGUCGGGCAUCGACCGGAACGAAAAGCGGCUGUCAUCGCUCAGCACCCUACUCUCUCCGGCGUCGUCUUUGAGUGGGCUUACCACAGUCGACGAAGGAGGGCCACCCGAGGCACUCAGAGCCUUGACAGGCGAAUCACCCCGAAGCUCAAGUUUCGGCAGCGCGAGGGGAGACCCCGAUGAGACAGAGGUCUUUGAAGCCGUCUCUCUGCCCUCUCGUCCCCGCAGCCUCCUGACGAGAGAGGAGCGGAUCGCGAAGAUGAAGGAAGACAGAGACAGGAGAGAACUGGCUAGGGACAAGGUGGAGGCGAGCCGCGGAAUGCUCCGAGAGCUCGAAAUGGUCAUCAACUUACGGCCGAAGCGGGCGACCAUGCCGGCACCAUCACGCAUUUCAUUAUGACUGUGACGACAAUCAAGCAAAACCCAAGACGGUCCUUCACCCUUCCCUUUGUUGUGCAUCUUGCAUCGACUGUUACCUUUUUUUCGUCCAUUCCCUUUAACUCUCGUUUCACUUGCAUAGAAAGCAUCUUCGUUUUCAACGGGAGCGAUUCGUAUCAUCAUCUAGGCGGUUUUAUUUCACUUGGAAUGAACCAUGAGAGGCGUUUGAAUGGCUGGGAACGGUUGUGGGCAUAGAACUUGCAAAUAUGCUAAUCCGCAUUGAAUUGUAAUUAGACCUCGGAAGGUAUUUGUCCCCAAUAACAGGAUGAUAUCGAAAAUCGCUGGAAAGCAAAUGAUACACCGGUUCCGAUGUUUCUCC